GUCUCUAAAAGGGUCCAGUUUUAAUUCUGUCUCUAAUCUCUGCAACAGCCGGGCUUUCCACGGCAGUUCAAGGUUGGGCUGAUUCUGAUCGUGAUUUUGUGUGUGUGCAUUUUUCGCUCUCAAUCUCGACAGAGAGAGGAAAAACAAUGUCCCCAGCUCCGUCGCAAUGGAAGCCCUAGAAGAAAAAGUCGCUUCGGAUGCUCGAGCCUGAGAUCUUGGGAUCAAGAGGUGUUCAAAAAUGAAGACACUGAUGCGCCAUGGGCUGGCUGUGUCUUUAGCACUCACCACCAUGUGCACUAGCUUGUUGCUCAUGUAUGGCAGCAUCGGUGGGGGUGGAGGAGGCAGCGGCGGAGGCCAGAAAGAGCAAAGCCAGCAGCAGGUGGCGGCAGCAGCGGCGACAGCCAGCGUGAAACCCCCGAGCCCUCGUCCGCCUGGCGGCUCUGGCCAGCGGCGCCUGCCGGGAUUCCCCGCUCGCCCCUUGGAAGGCUACAUCAGCGUCCUGGAUCACAAGCCUUUGAAAAUGCACUGUACAAGUUGUGCCCUGGUCUCAAGCUCAGGACACCUUUUGCGAAGCCAACAAGGUAGCAAGAUCGACCAGACAGAGUGUGUAAUACGAAUGAAUGAUGCCCCCACACGGGGAUUUGGAAAAGAUGUUGGAAACAAGACAAGCUUGCGAGUCAUAGCUCACUCCAGCAUUCAAAGGAUUUUGCGGAAUCGCAAUGAACUGUUAAAUAUGAGCCAAGGGACUGUAUUUAUCUUCUGGGGUCCCACCAUUUAUAUGAGAAGAGACGGAAAAGGGUUAGUUUAUAAUAAUCUGCAACUGAUGAAUCAGAUUCUACCUCAAUUAAAAGUAUACAUGAUAUCUCGCCACAAGAUGCUUCAGUUUGAUGAUCUCUUCAAACGGGAAACUGGAAAAGACAGGAAGAUAUCCAACACUUGGCUUAGCACUGGAUGGUUCACAAUGAGUAUCGCAUUAGAGCUGUGUGACAGGAUAGACGUCUAUGGCAUGGUGCCACCAGAUUUCUGCAGGGAUCCCAAUCAUCCUUCAGUACCUUAUCAUUAUUAUGAACCACUGGGACCCGAUGAAUGUACAAUGUACAUUUCACAUGAACGGGGAAGAAAGGGCAGUCAUCACCGUUUUAUCACAGAGAAACGAGUAUUUGAGAACUGGGCCCGGACAUUCAAUAUUCACUUUUUUCAGCCAGACUGGAAACCAGAAUCACUUACUAUAAAUCAUGCUAAGAUUAAACUGGUGUUCUGAGAAAUGAACACACAAGGCUGCAAUCACAAUCACUAACUGUAUCAGGCUUCAGGGGAUUGAACCUCAUAUCAUGGCAAGCUAACCUAAAAAAGCAAGGUUAACAGGGUUUGCGGAAGAAAACUGCUACAAUAUUCAGGAAGUUAUUGCAAAGGAAUACCUUUAAAAGGACAUCUGGUAUCCAGCUGUAUUGUAAUCAAAUAUUUUAACUUCCGUUCAUUGACCUUGCAUAUGUAUAUGUGGUUUGUUAAAAAGAAGAAAAAAUGGAAGAAAGUACAUCAUAAUGAACAUAAUUAAAGAGAUGUUUAAUUCAUUAUGUUUUUAAGGCAUAUUGCCACUGGAUUUUCAUAGUGACAUUUAAUGGUUACUUUCUUAGUGGAGGUUUUUAAUGCAAUCCAGUAUUUUUCUAUUUCACAAUGAUAUGGUUAUUUAUCUUUCAGAAUCCCUCCAAAACUGAGGAUUUAUAUUGCUGCUGGUUUAAGACUCAGCUUCUUGUUUAUACAUUUUCUCUUUGAACUAUAGGAUGAUUUUAUCUAGCAUGUAUAAUUAAUAUUUGAUCUGGAAGUGAUGUAUUUAUUUUAUUUAUUUUUACUCUUGGACUGCAUUCCAGCAUAAAGCCAUUUGUUAAGCAAGCACAUCCUUAUGUGAAUUUUCAUCAGAGACUUGUUUUUCUUCUGAUAUGAAUAGGAAGCAGGCCAAAGUAUUUUUUCAUUUAAAUGUGCAAUGGUAGAUGGAGGAUCAAGCCAACUUUUUCCACUAGAAAGUGUCAAAGGCAGGGAAGGAUGCUUGUAGACAUGUGGCAUCCUGUGCACAACUAAUUGAAAUACCGACUUCCAGUUUAGUACUGUCUGUAGUAUAACUGUUUUCAUUGGCCUUUUGGUAACUAUCCACCCACAUAGCAAGUGUCUGAUCUUGAGCUGUCCUGGCAGCUGUUAUUUGUUCUGCCUUACACAAAUGCUUCACAAAGCAAAUCUAACAUUCUUGCUGAUUUGCAAGGGGGUUAAUGUUUUCAAAAUGUUUCUCUAUUCUGUGCAGUUGCACAGUUCUUCGAAUGUAUAAACAAUAUCUGAACAGGAAAGGACUUGGGAGAGAUGGAUUUGUAAGCACUCUAGGAGAGGUGGGCAGGACAGUAUAUCAGCCGGUCUCCAGUCAGCUUUUGACAGGGGAGGGCCCAGUCCUUUGUAAAUACAGAGAUUUUGUAUAAAUUAAGCUGUAGUUGAAAGAAGACAAGCAAAUACCAGGUAGUUUAAAGCCACACAAGUUUGAAGCAUAAAAAAACAUUAGUGGAGCUUGGCCAUGUGGUUUGAUUCUGGAAGACAACAAACUAUGUGAAUCUGCUCCUGAAUGAUACCCGGUCAAUUUUGCCAUUUUCUUUAAGUUGUGAGAGAAAGAACCUAGUUCUCGGCAAUUAGAAUGAGUGACACUAAUAGCUCUGUAAAUGGAUACUUGCACAUUAUGUUUUUUGUGGGGUUAUAUCUCGCUUGUGAAUAAAGAGGAUUCCAUUUGC